AAGAGCAAAAUGCGAGGAGUUCACAGAAAAGCGAUCUCAGAACUUGCUACGACCGCCGAGCUUCAGGGAAGGCAUCGAUAUUCAGCCAAGCUGGUCAUCCCCUAGUGCCUCGCUGUCAGGACCGACGGCGAUGGCAAUCAAGAGAAAAGUUCAAGAAUCAGAGGAAGGAGAGCUGUCAAGAAAGGGCGAGGCGGAGCAUUCUGCAUCAAAAAGGCCAAGGCGUGAUGUGCCACACCGUGAAGUUAAAAGCUUCAGUCAGAAGAACAUGACCAACAGCAAGAGCGAAGAAACUUGGUCAGAUGCCAAACGACUUCAAGCAUCUGGACGACCCGACUUUUGCAGUGCUAAGCUGGACUAUCAAACGCAACGACAGGGUGGUCUACCCAAGUACGGGCCUCCGCCGACGUCUUGGUCGUCUUCGCCACCCAGACAGUCACCUUUGCAUCAAACAAUUGAGCCAGCUUCCUUGCGUCUAUCGAAGCCUUCUUCGGAAUUUCAGGAAGCUUCAUGGACUCGCACCUACACGAAAGGUUCUCCGUCGAUGUCCACUUCGGACUACGGUCGUAUUUCUGCUACGUCUCAGCAGCGCUACAACGAGGGAGCAAGAUGGCAUCAUCGGCGACUUUCACCUCCAUCUUUACCUCUUCACCAACGCUUGAGCCCAACGCAGCAGAGAGGCAGUCGUGAAGCGCCUGCUGAUCGUGAGAAUUUCUGGAAGCGCAGUGGCGGGAUGACAGAUGGCAGCGGUAGUCGGUCAAGGUAUGGAGAUGGGUCGAGCGGAAGAGAGCGUCACGAAUACCGGAGAGCUCGAAGGGAUUAGAGGGCCACUACAUCCGUAUCAGACCACAAAAGACAGUCCCCUGGGUUCGAAGGGAGUCGCGCAGGAAGCGAGAAAUCA